UAAAGUUCAAUUUUGCAAGUAUAUUCAUAUUUUUUUUACACUAAUGAGUCAUUAUUUGUACACAUAAGUGUGAUUUAAAAGAAAAAACAAGUAAGGCCUAUAUAAAAUACAAUUACGUUUUAUUAGAAAAGAAAAGUAAAAAUCGAAACCGGACCACACUGUCCCUAACCACUGACGGAGAAAUCCUUUGUUUUGGGAUAUGAAUAAAAAAGACAAUGUCUCACGCACAAAACCGAGUGAAGUAGUGGAGCGAAGAAACAGAACGCAGCGGAGCAUUCCAGUCCAGUGAUUCAAUUCAAUUUUCAUGUUGAUUAGAGCUUGAAUGACUUCGAAUCCAUACAGCUGAGUCCAACUCGACUCACCAACGGUUCACAAAUGGGCCGCAGCUCGGCGAGUUCCGACGACGAAGAUACCAGCAACAAUAAUGCCAUCAACUCCGAGGCUUUCCACUCGAUCCGCGACCGUUUUCGCUUCAAGAGGAACCCUAAUUCGAGUGGCUCCCUCCCGCGCUUCUCCAAAGCACCGCCUUCAUCGGCUGCUGCUGCGGAUCGGCAGUGGAAGUCAGCGGGCGGCGGGCGAUCUCACCACCACCGGUCCCUGACUAGGAAAAUUCUCCUCUUUUUUUCUUUCAGAGGCAGAUCAUGGUUCUAUUUUUGCACUCUCCUGGUUAUUUUUAUGUUUGCGUUGGCGUCGUUGGCGCUCCAGAGCUCGAUCAUGUCAGUGUUGAGACAAGGUGCAGAGAGUGAGAGAAGGCCAUGGUCGUGGCCAGUUAGGGACGAUUUGAAGUUAGGAACCUCACUGGUAUUUAUACCGUCCCAGAAAUUUCAGUUUGGAAAUGGUCUUGAUCGGCUUCGGAGUCUGCCUAGGAUAGGAGUUCGGCCUCCGCGUAUCGGUCUAAUCUUAGGGAAUUUGAAGAAAAAUCCCCUAUCCUUGAUGCUGUAUACAGUCAUGAAGAAUUUAAAGGAUUUGGGUUAUCUGAUCAAGAUUUAUGCUUUAGAGGAUGGGAAUGCAAUGUCAUUGUGGGAAAUAAUAGGAAAUGUUUCAGUUUUAAGUGCCGAAAGAUUCAUCUAUAUUGACUGGUCACUUUUUGAUGGUGUCAUUGCUGACUCUCUUGAAGAUAAAAGAGCCAUUUCAAGCCUUAUGCAGGAGCCCUUUUGCUCAGUGCCACUUAUAUGGAUGGUUCAUGAAGACACACUAGCAAAUAGGCUUCAAAUUUAUGAGAGUAUGGGGUGGGAGCAUCUGAUGUUCCAUUGGAGGGCUGCCUUUCACAGGGCUGAUGUUGUUGUGUUUCCAGAUUUUUCAUUGCCGAUGCUAUAUAGUGUGCUUGACACAGGAAACUUCUUUGUCAUCCCUGGAUCACCAAAAGAUGUUUGGGCUGCUGAAAGCUACAGUAGGACCCAUUCCAAAUCCCAGCUAAGGGAGGAAUAUGGUUUCGAUAAUGAUGACAUACUUGUUCUGGUUGUUGGAAGUUCAUUCCUCUACAAUAAGUUAUCAUGGGAUUAUGUUUUACCUAUGCGAGAGAUGGAACCUUUGCUCAUAAAGUACACAGGAUUGAACAAUAUGAAUGAUAAACUAAAAUUCAUGUUUCUAUCUGGGAACACUACUGAUGGAUAUAAUUAUGUUUUGCAGGAUGUUGCUACUCGCCUUGGACUGCAUCAUGGAUCCUUAUACAGCUAUGGAAUAAAUAGCGAUGUCAACGGUCUCUUAAUGAUGUCUGACAUUGUACUUUAUUCUUCUUCCCAAGAUGAGCAGAAUUUUCCUCCCCCACUGAUACGCGCCAUGUCAUAUGGGAUACCCAUUGUUGCGUCUGAUUACCCUGUCAUACAUAAAUAUGUUGUUGAUGGGGUUCAUGGAAUGAUAUUUCCACAUCAUAGUUCUGAUGCACUGUUGAAGGCUUUCUCACUUCUGGUCUCUGAUGGAAAACUUACAAAAUAUGCCUAUUCUAUCGCAUCUUCUAGUAGAUUGCUAGCAAAGAACCUGUUCGCAGCCGAAUGCAUUACAGGCUAUGCAAAGCUGAUAGAGCAUGUCUUCAAUUUCCCAUCUGACGUGGUACUUCCAGGCAAUACUUCUCUGCUUAAGCAGCACAUGUGGGAAUGGUAUUAUUUUCAAAAGGGAGAUAACACUGGUGAUAUGGAGGAUAAGGAUCCCAUUAAUCUGAGUGUUGUAUAUGAGCUUGAGGAACAAUUGGGCAAUCUUGUUUCGUUGAAGAAUGCUUCCGGUGAAGCUAGUGAUUCUCUAGAAGUGGAUUUUCCAACUGAGUUGGAUUGGGACAUUUUUACAGAAAUAGAGAGUUCUGAGGAAGCUGACAGAUUAGAACAGGAAGAGAUGGAGGAUAGAAUGGAGAAAGACAUUGAUGAGUGGGAUGUUAUAUAUCGCAAUGCUCGUAAAGCUGAGAAGCUGAGAUUUGAAACAAAUGAGAGGGAUGAGGCCGAGCUUGAAAGAACGGGGCAAUCUCUGUGCAUCUAUGAGAUUUACAAUGGAGCUGGAGCUUGGCCAUUUUUACAUCAUGGCUCUCUCUACCGUGGAUUAAGCCUUUUGACGAAAGUACGAAGGUUGAAGUCUGAUGAUGUAGAUGCCGUUGGCCUCCUUCCAUUGCUGAAUGAGACAUAUUAUAGAAAUAUCCUUUGCGAGAUUGGAGGCAUCUUUUCUAUUGCAAAUGGGAUAGAUAAAAUUCAUAAGCGACCUUGGGUUGGAUUUCAGUCAUGGCGAGCCACUGGGAGGCAGGUCUCUUUAACUAAAAGGGCAGAACAGGCUUUGGAAGAAACAAUACAUGAAAACACUAAAGGAGAUGUUAUAUAUUUUUGGGCACACUUAAAUGUGGAUGAUGGGCUUGCAGGAAGGAACAAUGCACUCACCUUUUGGUCUAUGUGCGACAUUUUGGAUGGAGGAAACUGCAGAAAUUCCUUCCAAAAUGCAUUUCGCAGAAUGUAUGGAUUACCAUCCCACUUGGAAGCUCUUCCGCCCAUGCCUGAAGAUGGCGGUCAUUGGUCUGCCCUGCAUUCCUGGGUGAUGCCGACCCCUUCUUUUUUAGAAUUUGUAAUGUUCGCCAGGAUUUUUGUUGAUUCCCUCCAUGCUGUGAAUGUAAAUUCAAGCAAUGCGUCAGAAUGUCCACCGGCAGCAUCAACCAUAGAGAAGAAUCACUGUUACUGUCAGACAA